AUACUUGUUUCCGUCGGAGACGAAUUAGGAAAGAAGGAGACAGAAAGAAAUAGAAACCAUAAACAAAUGUUGGUUAGGAUUACGGCCGCGCUUAACUUUCGAUUGUUUUUAAUUUUUUUUUUACCGAGUUUAUUGUUCGCAUUGUUUGGAAAGAGAUUGCGAGUGUUGAACUUUGCUGCCAGGAUUCUCUUGAACUCUGCUGCUUCAAGUAAAUUGACUUCGUGAUUGACCUGUUGUGUGUCCGUGUAACUUUCAGUGUCCUAUUUUUGAGUGACCUUUCUAAACCAUCACGUAGCCCAAUGUUGCACAAGUUUCCGCUGUUCUAUAGAAACAUGACGCAAGGGAAAGAAACACAGUAUCAGGAAUAAUGUCAACGUUCACCACACAGAGCGAUCAUAACUUAAGCAAUCAUCUAUCAUCAACCAAUAAACAGGGAUGACUUCCAGUUGGCGUGUGCUCCAUUCCUGUUUCUCUGGCAUGAGCAGCGUUCCGUCUUCCCUUAUCAGCGUUCUCUGCAUUUUGGAAAGGCCAGCUAAUGAACCCACUGCUACCGUCGCUGCUGGAACAUCAGCUGAUACGAUUGACGCCCUUGUCGAUGAUGACUGAUGUUGACGACCGAGGCACCAAGAUGACGUCACCAGCGGCGAUAGCCAUGAUGAUGGUGAUGAUGGCGUCUCUGGUGCUGGACGUAACUGGUGCCCAGACGAUGACGGACACGUCCAAGGGUGGAGCGCUGUGGAGCGGUUCGACGGACGGCGAUGAAUUAUCCGACUCACUCGAAUCUCCAUCUAGCGAAAACGAGUUCUUGCUCCAAUUGAGUUCUGACACUAAUUGGACAUCGUUUUUGAACGGCAGCAAUGACGACGCCAAUAACGACCCCAACUGGUGGAGAAGUCCCGUUUAUCCGAGCGGUUACACGCCCCUUGGACUGGUGAUCGCCUCCAUUUUUGUCACUUUUAUCAUGAUCGUGAUUGUGGGCGGCAACAUUUUAGUUAUUAUCGCCAUCGCUACCGAACGAUCUCUCAAAGGCAUUCAAAAUUGGUUCAUCGGUUCGUUGGCUGUGGCUGACUGCCUGUUGGGUCUCAUCAUCAUGCCGUUUUCACUGGCUAACGAAAUGAUGGGUUACUGGGUGUUUGGUCAGUGGUGGUGUGACGUCCAUUCGGCCGUCGAUGUUCUCCUCUGCACGUCGAGCAUCAUGAACCUUUGCCUCAUCAGUUUGGAUCGCUAUUGGUCCAUCACGCAUGCCAUCGAAUACCUGCGGAAGCGCACGCCAGAACGCUGCGUCAUCAUGAUCGCCAUCGUCUGGAUCCUCAGCGGACUCGUCUCCAUUCCACCGUUACUAGGCUGGAAAAAAGAAACACCUCAAGGAGAAUUCCCUAAAUGCGAGCUCAGCGAAGACAUUGGCUACGUCCUGUACUCAGCCCUGGGUUCGUUCUACAUCCCAAGUUGCAUCAUGGUCUUUGUGUACAUCCGGAUUUACUACGCGGCCAGGGCCAGAGCUCGUCGUUCCCAAGAGAACAAGAUAAAGCGGAAACUGUCGCAAACCAAAGAGCAACAACUAGAACAACAGCAGAACCACAGACGUGUUAGCAAGCAACAAAAGGAAAUUCAACAGCAAGAGCAAUUGGAAAUGAAGCCGAUUAAAGUGACCGUUACGGACAGCAAACAUCCGCACGUGCAGCAACAGUCCAUCAUUGCCAACAAUGGCAAUGCCGUCGCUCACGGUGACAGUGGUAGACCGCACCUUCCCACCGUGACCGACUGUUACUCGCGCGGCUCCCUCACCAACAUCAAGACGUUCGUUUUGAGCAAUUGCAACGUGAUCGACGCUCGAAGGCACAGCUUGUCCACUGGAGGCAGCGAUCUGAGGGUUAUGACAACGAAUUGGGGUCCAUCGCUCUCGGUGGAUCGACUUAGCGUCGUGGACGGACGCACUAACAAGAGAAACGUCAAGGAAGGCUUUGCGUCUCCUAGCAACAGGCACAAGGAGAAGAUUCUUCACUCAACAGCGCCUAGUAGUCUGACGGCCAUCAACGAAUCCUCGUCCACCACGGGCGACGGUGGUCAGCAGGCAGGUCGCAUUGCGACGAGGGGAAGUACCGCCUCACCGUCUGCCCAUCAACCGGUAGCUCACCGUCCUUCUUCCUUGAAAAACGGCGGCGAUCGGACGUCGUUGACAACCAGACAUUGCGUCACUUUCGAAUGUGUGUCGGCCGAUAAUAGCGUCUCUUAUUCUAGGGUCCGGUGUUCCGUGACCAACGGCGAUCAGCACAACGAACGUCUUGCAAAUGAAAAAACGGUGGACGUUGAAACGGAAUCGACUACGGCAACCGAGUCGACGUCUCCAGCCAUCAACCGGAGAACGCCAUUGCUUUGUCCGAAAUCGAGAAGCAAAUUCGAGAAAUUAGCCAGGCGGAUAUUGGCGUCCGGAAUGACGGAAGGUGGAAGGAUGCCGAACACGGAUGCAACGAUAGAAAAUAAUCGGAUGAAUACGUCCGCCACGUACGAAUGGUCGUCAGCUACCAACGAAGACGACCAUCACCUUGAAUCUCCUUCUCCCAUUACCGCAUCGGAUGUUCCAAUACCUCUGCCGCAGGCUUUAAUUCCGUGUGAUACCGGAAUUACUGCCAGAGACGCCAACAAUCACAAAAAUUUGCGAUCCGGCAGCAGUCUUCAGCAGGAUAACGAACACGAGAUGGCCAGUGAUGGUGGAUUGGAUCCUUCGUCAUCCGAUUCCGGUACUUUGGCCCGUUGCACAGUCGUACGGCCGUUGAAAAUCCGCUUUUGUCGUCCGAAUUCCGGCAGUGUUCACAAAAAGUCUUCCAAAGCUAAACGACAGGUGAUCGACACCGGUCGAGUGGUAGUACGAGAAAAAGAUCCAGCCCGUGAACGAAGACGAAUCAGCCGUCAGCGUGAAAAAAGAGCGACGCUCAUCCUGGGGCUGAUCAUGGGCGCUUUUAUUGCCUGUUGGUUGCCCUUCUUUUUCCUCUACUUACUGGCACCCGUCUGCCCGUCGUGCAACAUUCAACCCUGGGGCUUUGCCUUCGCUUUUUGGCUCGGCUACAUCAAUUCGGCUCUCAAUCCCGUCAUUUACACCAUUUUCAACAAAGACUUCCGGCGAGCAUUUCGUCGAAUCCUCUUUCGCUGUACCAUCGCUCCCUACUAAAUUUUAGCGUUAACUGAACAACACUUACUUUCCUGUUGGAGGAAGGGUGAGAGACGGCAACAAUCGGCAAGAAGAUUGAAGUUUGGAAUUUUUGGAAGAACGGUGGCAUUAUUCUCUAACGAUUUUCUAUUGUAUCCAUUUUAUCGUUGAUUAUUAUUAUUUUUUUCUACAAAGCCGGUAACCCAAUUUUUUAAAAAGAACCGCGCAAAAGUAUAUAUUGUAUAAAUUACGUCAACUAAUGCUCUAUACAUACAGGACAUCAAAUAAACGUUAAUACGAA